AAAAGCGAAAAAAAAAAAAACCCAAUGUGCUUGUCCACUUCCUGUGAGAAGCCACUCUACGCUGUUAUAUGACAGAAGUAGGAAGAGAAACCUGUUUUGUGUUGUGUGGGGUCUGCUGAACAGAGAGAGAGAGAGAUAUUCCGCUUUCUUUUACAGUUAAGGUAAAGUAGUUUUUACAGGCCACUGGGAGGUCAUGAAGCGAAGGUCAAAAGAGAAAAGUCAGGAGAACUUGGGCAGCCGUUUGCUCACUCCUCAGGAGAAUGAAAGAGUGGUGGAUCUGCUGGGCAGGAGAUGUGUGUCUCUGUGUACGACGGUGGUGCAGUUGUUCAUGGCUCUGCCACACAACCCCGGCAGCUGGAGUCUGCAGCAUACAGGUGUGCUCUGCUUCAUAAAGGACAGUCCUCAGCGCUCCUACUUCAUCCGCCUCUACGACAUCAAGGCAAAUAAACUUUUAUGGGAGCAGGAGCUCUUUAACCAGUUCACCUACCACAAUGUCAAGCCCUUCUUCCACACAUUCCAAGCAGAUGAGUGCCAGGUGGGCCUGAAUUUUGCGAACAGUGAAGAAGCUGAGAACUUUUUCCUUAUAGUGGAUGAGAAGAACAGCCAGAGAAAUAAAAACUUGGACAAGCGCCAGGGAAAAGGCCUUACUCUCAGUCAAGAGCAUGAUGUUUUGCCACCACUACCUCCAAAUGGGUAUGGAAGUCAGAAUUUACUUCCAUUGGGAAAUAUUAACAUCCAGAAUCAAGCACCUCCCACUAAAUCAAAGAAAGAGAAAAAGGAGAAGGAGAAAAAGAACAAAAAGAAAGGCUCUAAAUUAUCCAAGGCAUUAAUUGGAGCACCUAGUGGUUUUACCCAUGUUGGGCACCUUGGUAUGCAGAAUAGUGUGGACCCAGAUUUGAUGACGCUGCUGUCACGUGCUGGAAUCAGUGAGGCAGAUUUGAACGACUCUGAGACCUCACAACUUAUUUAUGAUGUCAUUGAGCGCUCGGGUGGUGUGGAAGCAGUGAAGCAGAAAAUGAACCAACAAGGACAUCCUCCUCCUCCACCUCCUAGUGCUCGUCGGACUUCUCUUCCCCCAGUGCCUCCUGGAUCUUCUUCAGCUCCCCUUCCCUCUCAAGCUCGGUUCGGGCCUUUACCACCUCCACCUGGAGGAACUUCAUCUCCUGCCACUAGAUCCUCUUCAGUACGUGCUCUACCACCCACACCCUCAGGAGGGCGCACAGGACCCCUACCACCACCUCCAGUGGCACAAGGAGGACGUAGAGGGCCUUUACCUCAACCCCCAGGUUCACAGGUAGCACCUUCAUCAAGAAGUGCACCCCUACCACCAGUUCCAGGAGGUCAUGAUGGUCCCCGUCCCCCUCCACCAGGAGAUCGAGGUGGCUCUCCAUCAUCUGCUACUUUUUCACGUAGUGGACCCUUACCUCCUCUUCCUGGAAGGGGUAGUGGACCCGCACCUCCCGGAGAGCGAAGUGGACCACAACGCCCAGCAUCAAGAGAUCAAAGUGCCUCCAUGCCUCCUGGACAUUCUUCUGGAUCCUUCCCACCUCUACCAGGAAGACGGACUGGAUCCUUACCACAACCUCCAAAUGAUGAAUGUUAUUUGCUACCACCUCCAACACUCUCUGAAGAUUUCCCUCCUUCCCCAUCUUCUGAUUUUUUGCCACUAGGCAGCGAAGAUUUUCCACCACUGCCUCCUCCAGAUGAGUUCUACCCACCUCCACCAACCAAUGCUUGGGACACUUCUGACACAGUCCCAGAUCCUCCAUUAGCUAAUUCUAGUAGAGGAGGUCCACCACCUCCGCCACCUCCUCCACCUCCUGCUGCCCCAGCACCCAAAUUGGAAAGGGGACCACCGCCUCCCAAAGCCAGCAGUGAGGGAGGAGGUAGAGGAGCCUUACUGGAUCAGAUACGCGUAGGGACAAAGCUCAAAACGGUAACUGCCAGCUCUGAUCCACCCCCAUCUGCUACACUGGAUACAGGAGAGGGAAUAGUGGGAGCCCUUAUGAUGGUCAUGCAGAAGAGGAGUAAAGUCAUUCACUCAUCAGAUGAAGGAGAUGAAUUUGAUGAUGAAGACGAUGACGAUGAUGAGUGGGAUUAAUUUCAAAUCAAGUGAAGGACUCUGUCCCAAUGAGCAUUAGCAGACCUACAUAGUAAUAUUGGUGAAGCAUUUACAAUAACUGAAUAAUUUCAAUUUGGCCAUUUCAAAAAACUAAACCAUUAAACUACAAGUUGAAACAACACAGUGAAUUCAUUUUGUUUACUGGAAACCCUUUUUCAUUCCAAGUAACACCAAUUCACCACGAAGUAAAACAUUUGCUCAGAGCAUCACACUGAGCAUGUGAAAUACCCCUUCCAUAAUCUAUGUAAGGUGCUAACAAUUUCAUGGCUUGGAAAACACAGUGUAACUGAAGUUCAUUGUUUAUAUACUCACUGUUUAUUAAAAGUUAAAAGUUAAGCUAAUGUUUUUAUCACUUUGUAUGAUACUGAAAUAUAAAUCCGGUACAAACACUGUAAGCAGCAAUGCUCUUUUAUUUCCAUUAUGUCCUUAUAUCUAAAAACAAGGAAGAACAUUCAAACAACACAACGCGAUACUAAUCUAUUUAAUACUAAUACAAUCUUGUGCAGUUUUAGUUACCACAAGUCCAGUGUUACAAUUUUUUUCAAGGUCCAAUCCUAUGGUGAUGAAACCUAUAUACAAAAAACAUGGUGUUAUUAUAAUUACAUUUAAAUAAAUAUAACUAUAUAUCUUGUCUGUCAUGCAAAAUGCCCUCCACCUUUUAUAUACUUUAUAAAUUCUCUACUAAGGCAAAAAUAUACAACUUAAAAAUAAAUACACAUUAUCACUCAGCUACAGUGACACCCAUGAAGACAUUGUAGUGUUCCUGAAAAGAAUGAAAAUAAUAAUAAUAAUAAUAAUGGUGCAAUUUUCCAACCAGGAAGGACAACCAGGAUAUAUGUACAGCUUUAUCUACUGAUUUACUGUUAUCUGCACUGGACCAUAUGCUUUCAGCAUCCAAGCAGCGAAACUGCAAAAUUGCACUGG